CCGCCCAGGCUGGGCUGGAAAGUGGCGGAUCCGGUUUGUCCUGGGCGGGUCUGGAAGCGGAGCCGGCGGAGGGAGCGCCGGGGCCCGGGGCUACAGGAGGUUGCGGGGCCGCGGCAGCAUGGUGUUGCCGGAGAAGGAGCAGAGCUGGAUCCCCAAGAUCUUCAGGAAGAAGACCUGCACAACGUUCAUAGUCGACUCCACAGAUCCGGGAGGGACCUUGUGCCAGUGUGGGCGCCCCCGGACCGCCCACCCUGCCGUGGCCACGGAGGACGCCUUUGGGGCAGCCGUGGUGACCGUGUGGGACAGCGAUGUGCACACCACGGAGAAGCCCACCGACGCCUACGGAGAGCUGGACUUCCUGGGGGCCACCCGAAGGCACAGCCAUUUUCUCCGGCUCUCUGACCGAACAGAUCCAGCUACAGUUUAUAGUCUGGUCACACGCACGUGGGGCUUCCGUGCCCCGAACCUGGUGGUGUCAGUGCUGGGGGGAUCAGGGGGCCCCGUCCUCCAGACCUGGCUGCAGGACCUGCUGCGUCGUGGGCUGGUGCGGGCUGCCCAGAGCACAGGGGCCUGGAUUGUCACUGGGGGCCUGCACACAGGCAUCGGCCGGCACGUUGGCGUGGCUGUGCGCGACCAUCAGACGGCCAGCACUGGGGGCACCAAGGUGGUGGCCAUGGGUGUGGCCCCCUGGGGUGUGAUCCAGAAAAGAGACAUCCUCAUCAACCCCAAGGGCUCGUUUCCUGUGCGGUAUGAUUGGCACCACGACCCGAAGGAUGGGGUCCAGUUUCCCCUGGACUACAACUACUCAGCCUUCUUCCUGGUGGACGACGGCACGCACGGCCGUCUAGGGGGCGAGAACCGCUUCCGCUUGCGCUUGGAGUCCUACAUCUCCCAGCAGAAGGCGGGCGUGGGGGGUGA